AUGCUUGGCUCAGGGUUCAACAAGCAAAAACUCAAGGUGAAUUUGAAGUUGGCUAUCAACCGACUAAAACUGUUGGAGAAGAAAAAGAGUAAGCCUUCAGUUAUUUCGUAAUCUAUAUAAGCUCUAUCUAUCUGUGCAUUUUUAGAACUUCAAGAAGUACAAAUUUUGCAUGUCAGUGUUUGAUAAAUCAAAGACGUUUUUAAACAAUUCGCACUAUUGGGUGACAGAGAAAAGUGCUUCCAGGUUUGUCUAAAUUCUACCACUUUGCAAGGAUGUUUAUAGCGUGGCUAUACAGUUUUCGUACUGAUUUUUAUACACAGCUGAACUAGCUCAAAAAGCAAGGAAAGAAAUUGCUGACUACAUCAACAAUGGGAAAGAUGAACGGGCAAGAAUUAGAGUGAGUACAAGCGUGUGUCCGUGAUUUAACCUUUACAUAAUUCCUUAAAAAUAAAUAACCUUUAGCUAUGUGACCUUGUGAUAGGUAAGUCUAGCAUAUUCUAUGUAGCGCAUUAUAGAAAAUUACUAGUGAAGUCAUCAGAUUGUGUUUUGUGCCGAAAGUCACGCAUAACUCAUAACCAAUUUGUCAUAUUUGCACUUUGUUGCACAAUUAAAGAAAACCUCCAAUGCAAUAUCUAACCAUGUUUAAUGAUCCUGUACAAAUAAUAAUAUUUACAUAAAAACGUAUUCCUCAAGAUGAACAUGAUCUGUUUAUUUCCAAGAAUGCCAAAUGUAAAAAAAAAAUAUACAAAGUAGAAUCAUUUUACUAUUUGUGUCAAUUGCUGUAUUGCUACAUAACAAAGUUUAUGUACUCAUUCUACAAGUGACAUGUCUUUCAAUGAUGUAACCGACAUAAUUACAAGACAAGUGGUUGGGAAGUGAAGUUGUAUGACAGGAUUUUAGGUUUUCCUUGUCUUCAAAUAUUAAAGGAUUGUGUUCAAAAGUGAUAAAAAAGGGAUUUUUAAUGUUUGAUUCACCUCGUGUAUGGUGAUUAUUAGGUGGAACACAUUAUUCGUGAAGAUUAUCUAGUAGAAGCAAUGGAGAUGUUGGAACUUUACUGUGAUUUGUUGUUGGCCCGAUUUGGCUUGAUAGAAACACAGCAGUGAGUACAAUACUGUAGAUUUAAAACCUAAUUAUUAUGCAAUACAUCACAAUAUUCAACCAUAUAUGUUAGAGGUCAAAAAUAAAUUGAGGUUAAGAUUUUUUGAUCUAGAUUGUUUCUCAAUUUUCUUUGUCUCCUAGCCUUUAUUAUUCAUGAAUUAGGGCUAAGAGACAAAGUAAACUGAGAAUCACACUAGCGUAAAAUUCCAAAAAAAGCCCCUCUAUGUAUAAGCCCCUUCAAAUAUAAGCCCCCCAAACCGGUAACGCAAAAAACCCUCCGUUAAAUCGCCCCUCUAAAUAUAAGCCCCCCGGGGCCUUGUACUUGGAAAAUUGGCCUCAAAUACAAAGUAAAACCAAGCCAAAAUGGUAAAUUUCCUUCCAACUAUAAGGCUAGCCCAAUCGAUUUUGAAAUACAAAUUUCCCUCCAUGGAUAAACCCCUCCAAAAAUAAGCCCCUCAAAAAGGGCCUUUGAAAUAUAUAAGCCACGGAGCUUAUUUUCAGAAUUUUACGGCAGGCUAACAAAUUUUAAUCUGAAAUUAAUUUUGACCUGUAACAUUAGGCACCAGUUGUUCAAAAAGUUGGAUAGUGGUAUCCACCAGAUAGAUAACUGUGCAGUGGAUAAGUACGAGGAUAAUCAUUUUUUUUAUUAUGUCCAGUAUUAGCUAGUGAUUUAUCCAGCAAAAAGUGAGAUUCACCUUUUGAACAACUAGGAUAUGUUCCACGUAUAUGGGUUGGGGAGGGGUUUUAACCCUUUCACUGCCAAAUGAAGCCUAAGGCAAAUUUCGAGUAUGUUUGCAAUUUCAUUUUGUGAAAUUUUGAAAAACAAAUAGCACCAUGUUUAAGUACAGGCAGAGAGCUUUCAUUUGAAUGGUCACAUCAUAGGAUUUGGUCUGCAGACUCAAAAGUUAGAGUCACCUUACAAACUCCAUCGAGCACUCUGGCAGUGAAAGGGUUAAGGAUUAUGAUUGUUCUGGAUUUGCUGUUAUCCUCAGCAGGACAUUUGUCAAUGAGCUUCUAAAAUAAUUAUGAUAUAUCUAUAAUGUUCAAAGGCAUUUCUUCGUGUAAUUUCCAUGAUGAAUUAUUAAAUGUCGUUCAAAUGUGAAAAAUGCUUAAUAGAUACUGCGAGGAAGGAAUGAUCGAGGCAGUAACAACUUUAAUGUGGUCAGCACCACGUCUACAAACUGAUGUUCAAGAACUGAGAGUGGUAAGCCUGUGCACAAAUAUUAUUUUGUUUUUGUCAUAUGUUGGCUUGUGCUUGUCUGUGUUUGAUAAAUGUUUUAUAAACUUGACAUUUAGCAUUUUAACACCAUUUAUUUUCUUUUUCAAAUAGAUUGCUGAUCAACUAGGAUUAAAGUAUGGUAAAAAAUUUGCUCACGAAGCUAGCAUCAAUGCAAAUUCCACUGUCAAUGAUAGAGUAAGCAGCCUUUUCUAAAAUUCUUUUAGUUCUACUGCAUAAAUGCAACACCAUCAUAAUGAAUGAUAAUUUUUUCCUGUCCCUUGGCACUCCAUUAUAUUUGGGCGUCUGUCCUUUAUGGUUACCAUGGAAAUAUCAUUUGUUCUCGGACAAUCAUUGGAAUGAGUUGUGGACAUAUUUAAUGUGUUUUUGUUUACAAGUCAUUAUGAAAUAAAUGCAUUGAAAAUUGCAUAAAUAUUUUAGACUUAUGCACCCCACCAAUUCUAAGAAGAGAUAGAAUUUCAUAUCAGUGUAAACAUAAAUUAAAUAAUGUUAUUAAAAAGUAAUAUAAAUAUGCUCAUAUUUUUUUUUCUUUUUGUUUGCUUGUUAGCUUAUCCUCAAGCUAAGUCCUAAGCCUCCACCAAAGAGUUUAGUGGAGAAUUACUUAAUAGAGANGUGAAAUUUUGAAAAACAAAUAGCACCAUGUUUAAGUACAGGCAGAGAGCUUUCAUUUGAAUGGUCACAUCAUAGGAUUUGGUCUGCAGACUCAAAAGUUAGAGUCACCUUACAAACUCCAUCGAGCACUCUGGCAGUGAAAGGGUUAAGGAUUAUGAUUCUUCUUCUUUUAUGAUUGUUCUGGAUUUGCUGUUAUCCUCAGCAGGACAUUUGUCAAUGAGCUUCUAAAAUAAUUAUGAUAUAUCUAUAAUGUUCAAAGGCAUUUCUUCGUGUAAUUUCCAUGAUGAAUUAUUGAAUGUCAUUCAAAUGUAAAAAAUGCUUAAUAGAUACUGCGAGGAAGGAAUGAUCGAGGCAGUAACAACUUUAAUGUGGUCAGCACCACGUCUACAAACUGAUGUUCAAGAACUGAGAGUGGUAAGCCUGUGCACAAAUAUUAUUUUGUUUUUGUCAUAUGUUGGCUUGUGCUUGUCUGUGUUUGAUAAAUGUUUUAUAAACUUGACAUUUAGCAUUUUAACACCAUUUAUUUUCUUUUUCAAAUAGAUUGCUGAUCAACUAGGAUUAAAGUAUGGUAAAAAAUUUGCUCACGAAGCUAGCAUCAAUGCAAAUUCCACUGUCAAUGAUAGAGUAAGCAGCCUUUUCUAAAAUUCUUUUAGUUCUACUGCAUAAAUGGAACACCAUCAUAAUGAAUGAUAAUUUUUUCCUGUCCCUUGGCACUCCAUUAUAUUUGGGCUUCUCUCCUUUAUAAUGGUUACCAUGGAAAUAUCAUUUGUUCUCGAACAAUCAUUGGAAUGAGUUGUGGAAAUAUUUAAUGUGUUUUUGUCUACAAGUCAUUAUGAAAUAAAUGCAUUGAAAAUUGCAUAAAUAUUUUAGACUUAUGCACCCCACCAAUUCUAAGAAGAGAUAGAAUUUCAUAUCAGUGUAAACAUAAAUUAAAUAAUGUUAUUAAAAAGUAAUAUAAAUAUGUUCAUAUUUUUUUUUCUUUUUGUUUGCUUGUUAGCUUAUCCUCAAGCUAAGUCCUAAGCCUCCACCAAAGAGUUUAGUGGAGAAUUACUUAAUAGAGAUUGCACGCAGCCAUAAUGUAGCAUUUGAGCCUGAUCGUACUGUUUUUUUGGAGGUAGGUAAUGCCACAUAUAGACUGCCUUAUGAAAUAACCCCCAACCAAUCAAUGAUCAAUUAUAAUCAGAAAAUCUCUUUAUAAAAAUGUCAUAUAUUUGUAACUUUGCGCAAGUCAGAGUACAUGUAUAUUUUUUUAUACAAAUGUGUUGAGUUUUUUAUCAGUGGACCACUUAGUUGGGCUUAGAAUUUUCUCUGUGCUUUUGGGUGGUUGGAUUGAGGCCAUUAAACGACACAAGUUUUUGAUAUGUUUAUUUUCUAACAAGAAAUUUUAUUUUUUUCCUGACAAAUGUAAUAGUGACAAACAGCACAAAGAUGGGUUGAAAAUGCGACAAUGAUGAAGAAAAGCGGAAAAAGAAUGGUGAAAUGCUGACGUGGACAUGGCUUCCCCCUUAACCCUUUAAGUCCCAAUAGUGACAAAGAUCAAUUUUCUCUUAACAAUAUCCAUACACUGUCAAGAGAUAAGUUGUGAGAAUUAAUAAAAUGAUCACCCAGGAGAAAAUGCUUGAUCUAUUAUCAAAUUCUCACAACUAAUUCUGUAAGGAAAUGUAUGGAGAUCAGUUUGGAGAAUUUCUAUGUGGAUACCGGGGCUUAAAGGGUUAAGACAUGAGACAACAGGUUUUGACUUUCUGAUUAGACAUUCCCACACAAUCUAAUAGGGCUAAGGCUAAUGAGCCUGUCCUUUUUUAUAAGCUGAAUGUUGCAGAAACCGAAACUUUUGACUCGGAGCUUGAUAGCCAUACAAUGUAUGCACCUUCUGGAGCAAAGAGCAAUGAUAUACACAUGUGGACACACCACAAAAUAUUCCGCAAUGUCUCGUGCUGAGUGUCUUCAAAUAAGUGUCACCCCCAAUUCUGUGUCAGACUUAAAAAGUAACAUGGCCUCAUUUAUUGGCCACAUUACUAUUUGAUGAAUAAUCUGAAGGGGACUAUCUUUUCUUCAUCUUCUUAAAAUCACAAUAUUUUUUUAAUAUUAAAGAUGAUGUAAAAAUGAUCAGCACAUAUUCAUUCUCUUGGUAAUUUCUUGCUUAGGAGGAUGAUUUACCAGAGUACGAUGAACCUGGCCCCCCAAAGGGCAAUGGUUUUGGUGGUAGUGGCAGUGGCGGUGGAGGUGGUGGUACCGGUCGCAUUGGUUUUGAGGGGAUUGCAGCAGGUUAUGAUGCACCCAGUAUAUCAAACCCCCAAUAUGCUUCGCUAAAUUAUCCACCAUCACAUGUAAGUUUUUCUUAAAGUGUAUGGCCAGAAUUGUUUGAAUUUGCUGUUUAUUAUUCACCCAGAAAUCAUGGACUGGUUGCAUAAAGGCAACUUAAGAUUAAGUGGGAAUUGUUUACAACCACUCUUUAGUUCUGAAGGAUCUCUCUUUGUGUUUUCUAUGCUGGUUAAUCAUCUUUUGCUCAAUUCAUUUGUGUUAUAGUGCAAGCAAAUCCUCCAUAACUAAGGAAAUGGUCGCAGAAAAUUCCCUGAGUGUCUUUGAACUCACCACCAACAACAACUCUGCAAGCAAACCAGUCUGUUGGUAAAAUCAACUAAUUAUUGAUAUUUAUUGUUCACUUUACAGGGAAGUGCACCACCUUACCCAGUGGGUCCCCCAGGGAAUGCACCACCCUCCUACCCUGAGAAGGUUUUGCCACCCUACCCAGGAGGCCCUGUCAAUAACCACAGCCCUACAGCUCCACCAGCAGGUGAAAAUAUUUCCAAUAAUUUUAUUGAAAACUUUAAACCUGCCAGUUAUUAACUUAUGCUACCGUUGGUUGCAUCUAAGUGUGUACAUGUGACGAAAAAAAAAAAUCUAAUUGGAUGAAAACAAGACAUGUUACUGUGCUUUUCACAAAUAUGCGAACUCUAAAGUUCAAAAGCCGCCUUCACAAUUGCGUUUUUCACUGCCAUCAAUCAUAAUUACGAUCACAAGUAACGAACCUUGAAACACACAAACACACAAAAUGGAUCGAAAUCCACCAAUCACAAAUCACAAACCAUGACCUUUUGAACCCGUUAAAGUAAAGUUUUGUUUCCUGAGAGGUCCGUUAAGAUGACUGACGGCAGCGAAAAACGCUAUUGUGAAGACGGCGUUUGAACUUCAGAAUUCGCAUGGUUGUGAAAAGCGCAGUAAUUGCCGCCAAACUGUUGAAGUUUGGGGUGGCAUUAGACGAAUGUUCAAUGUAAAGUAGGUAGCUGUUUGUUGACUUGAUUUGUUUUUGUUCAACAAAAUAUUCAUUGCAAGGCUUUUAGAAGAAUUCAUGGAGUUGUAAAACUUGAAAGAAUAAUUCUUAAAAGCAAGUGUGAUGUAUGUGAGUGAGAAAUACCCUGGUAUUACUGAAAAUUGAGAAAAAUAAAAGAUGUGUGGAUUACCCUGAUCAAAAACAUGUUAUUAACUUAACCUUUGGCUUGACAGUUUGUUUUAAUGGCUGUCAAUUUCAAAUGUUUGCCGACAAAACACGUCAUGUCUGACACCCUAUAAUCUAUUAGAACAUGUUUUUUGUCUUGUGUCCAUGCUUAGAUGCAACCAGCAGUAUUUUGCAUAGUUACCUAUGAUAUGACCUUUGGUAAACUUAAGCAUUGUUUUACCUAUGUUACUUUAUUCAAGGUUGGUUUUUGCCAUCCUUUUCCCUUUGUAAGACAUCAACAUGACACUUGGUUUUUGCUCCUCUCUGGUUCAUGUGAUGUAGGGGUGAUUUUCUGGGUGUAUGGGCAAGGUUUUAGCCAGAAGGGUGUCCAGCCAUCCUAUGGAUGGCUAUUUUUGGAAGAAAUAACAAGGAAACUUCACUUAAUCUCUUAUAAUUUUAAUGGGAAAACAUGCCUUCUCGAUGGCCAGUUUUCAAUGUCUGGCUAAAGAAUGUGUGUGGGAAAUGCUACAGCUGAAAGUUCACCCUGCUUUGUUGUUAUGCCAUACUAAACAGAACAAAACAGAUGUGUUAUACAUGUUCAACUCUACCCUGUUCUGUCUGUGUCAUUGCAUAGUUGCACUAUUCUACAUAGUAUAUUUAGCAUCUUAAUACUUUCUUUCUCAUUUCCCAUUUUAUUCUAGGACCUCAAAAGCCCUCCGCGCCCACCGCACCCACUCCAGCGCCUCGCUCGUCAAAAGGACCUAGUUUUCCGGACCUUCCAUCAGUACCAACAGACCUACCAAACAUACCCGACAGCUUGCCAGCGGCAAAUAGUGCUGGUGGGGAGGAUGUAGACUUUGAUGAUCUCACCAGAAGAUUUGAGGAUCUCAAAAAGAAAAAGUAG